AUGAAGAUGCCAUAUGAUUCUGAAAUUGAUCAAAUUGGACGAUUAUUAAACGAUUGCAAGCAGCCACUUUGUGCGAGGUUUCGAGCUCUCUUUAUUUUGCGCAAUAUCGGAUGUGAUCGUUCAGUUGAAUGGAUUGGACGAUGUUUCGAUGAUUCAUCCGCUCUUCUGAAACAUGAAUUGGCCUACUGUCUUGGUCAGACACAAAAUGAAGCAGCGAUACCUAUCCUUGAAUCCAUCCUUCAGGAUGAAAAUGAAGAGAUUAUUGUACGCCAUGAAGCAGGAGAAGCAUUAGGAGCAAUUGGUUCUUGCUCAUCUACAGCCAUCCUUGAGAAAUACAUUAACGAUAAAGCUCAAAGUAUUGCAGAAACGUGUAGGUUAGCCUUGCGAAGGAUAAUGUGGCUUCAAGAAAAUAAAUGUGAUCGUAAAGAAAAUGAAAAAGAAAGUCCAUACAAUUCAAUAGAUCCAGCUCCUGCAUCAUCUGAAACCAGUGUUGAUAAGCUUUCGCUGAUUUUAACAGAUGCAACAAAAUCGUUAUGGGAACGAUAUCAAGCUCUCUUCAGUCUUCGGAAUAUUGGCACAAAUGAAUCUAUAAAAUCACUUGCAAAAGGAUUGACUUGUAGUGAUAGUGCACUGUUCCGCCAUGAAGUUGCUUAUGCUUUGGGUCAAGCACAAUCACCGAUAGCAAUUGCGGAAUUAAAACAUUCCUUGGAAAAUGCAGAAGAAAAUUAUAUGGUGCGGCAUGAAUGUGCCGAAGCUUUAGGAGCAAUAGCAACCGAAGAAUGUGAAGAAGUGCUGAAGAAGUUUCGGAACGAUCCCGAACGCGUUGUGCGAGAAAGUUGCGAAGUUGCGCUUGAUAUGGCCGAAUAUGAAAGUAGUGGUCAAUUCCAAUAUGCGUUAAUCAAUUCCUGA